AGGUCGCUGAGGAGCAGCAUCGCCGAGCAGAAGGCCCAGAGGAGCCCCAAGCCGCGCAGCCCGCGGCGGAGCCCGCGGGGCGCCAAGAAGCUGGCGCGCCUCGCGAUGCUUGCCCCGGCGUGGAAUUUCGAGCCCGAGGACUACGAGGCGCACGGCAGGGAGAGGCAGCCGGCCAGCGGCAGCGACACGUGCAGCACGACGACCGUGGACGACGAGGCGGACACCUUCCUACCCAAGACCUGCAGCUCUGUGUACUCCUUCGCCGAGGAGAGCGACUCCGAGUACGGCCGCACCCCGCCCAACAGGGAGGAGGAGGACGGGGACGCCAAGGUGCCCUCCAGGCAGGACAAGGCCUCGUUUGCCAGCACCGCCACCGAGUCGAUCGAGGAGGAGGCGGGCCCCGCUCUCGAGUGCCUGGCGCCCUGGCGCCGCGCAGACCGCGCCACCGUGCUGGCCGCCGUCUCCCACCGAGGUACGGACCUCCGGUUCGCCGCCGAGGAGCUGCGAGCGGACCGGGAGGUGGUGGCCGCCGCGGUGGGCCAGGACAGCUGGGCGCUGGAGUUCGCCCUCGGGGACGCCCGCUGGGACCGCGAGAUCGCGGUGGCCGCCGUGCGCGGCCACGGGGGCGCCCUGGAGUUCGUUGGCGACCACUUCCAGGGCGACCGGGCCGUGGUGAUGGAGGCGGUCUGCCAGGUGGGCUGGGCCCUGCGGUGGGCGAGCUGGGAGCUCCGCGGCGACCGAGAGGUGGUCCUCGCAGCGAUCGGCCAGGACUACCACGCCAUGGAGUGGGUGGACCCGUCGCUGCGCCAGGACCCCGAGGUCGUCGCGGCCGCGCUCUGGAGCUUCGGCGAGAGGUGCCGCGCGUGCAGCGCGGAGCCGCUCUGGGCCGAGGAGUGGCUGGCGGGCGGCCUCACCGUGCAGAAGGCUCGCGAGCUGGCGUGGCGGUGGGUCUCCACCGUCGAGUCUCGCUACUUCAAGAGGGCGCUGGACGCCAUCGUCCCGGCCGUGGAGGAGCCGGAGGAGUGGCAGGUCGCCCAGGGCAUCGAGGGCCGCCUCGGGCUGCUCCACCUCGCCUGCUUCCCCUCCGCCGCGGAGCCGGGCGCCGCGCUGGCCUGGUUCGCGGGCAUCCAGGAACUGCUCUGGGCCGACCAGGCCGUCUGGAACGACAUCGAGGUGAUGGGCCUCCUCGCCCGCUUCGAGACGAGCCUGAGCCUGCCCGAGAACCACGUCCUCCUGCUGGAGGAGGGACUCAAGUACGGAUCGAAGUUUCCCGAGUUUGGUAUCCCCGUGCCCCUGCACCUGAAGCGCAAGGGCAGGUGGGAGAAGGUCAAUUGCGACUCCGCCUACCCGGAGGACGGUGAGGCCCUCGUGGUGCCCCCGAACAACCCGCAGGGCCCAGCGCCUGUAAUCCUCUACUUGCUGGGCGCGGGCAAGUUCAACAGUCGCGAGUCGUUCCUCGGCGGCGAGAUGGGCAGAUCAGGCGACAUUCGGAUCAAGUCAGGUGAUUUCGAUAGCCUGGCGGUCACGGGCUACCCACCGCCACUCUACGAGACGGGCUCGGCCAAACGAGCACAACAGCGCAGCAUCGAGCUGACCAUGCAGCACAUCCACAACCGACUGGCGGGCGCACCAGCUCGAUGCACGCCCAUUGCAGGUUUCGACAUCAACUCGGGGUUCGGCCAGAGGAUGACGGAGGAUAUUCGACUCGACCCAGACGAGCAGCACUUCGGCGCCUUUCACCUCAAGCGGAGCGGCAUCGCAGGCCACCUGAUGUACAACACCAUGGAGUCCCUCGACAUGGCUCGCGUGAACACCGACUACCCGAGCGCAGGGCCUACAUACUACGGACCUAGACAGGACACCGGCACACUAGACAUUGGCAUCAUCGCAUCAUCUCUCCUGGAGGGUAUCAAGACGUGCACAGUGGCCUGGAAACGCGGGCGUAAGCUUCAACUCAUCUCCGACGCCCAGCCCAGAGACCACCUCCCCCUGUUCUUCACGAUCGACUACGAGAUGCCGACGCUCGUCCACCGCCAAUUGCGACCCAGAUGGGACCACACCAAACUAGCCCGAGCACUACAACAUGGCGAAGACCGACUCGGAUUCCACCGAGAGCUCGACCAGCGAAUGAAAGACAUCGCAACCCAGCUUUCCAACUAUGCCGACCUGCCGCGCCCUGACUUCGACUACGACCUGUGGCCCAUUUCGGAGCUCACGGAGGCAGACGCGAACAUGACGAGGUCAUCCACUGGCGCCGCAUACGCCUCGAGCAACUACGAGCUCGCCGACAACUACGUCUACGGGGACGUCCUGGACCAGCACGAAGUCUACCUGCAAACCCUCAAGAGCGAGAUCAACGAGGCCACGUACUACGUCCGAAGAGCGGCACGACAGGGCUAUGCGACCUACCGCAAGCACCUGCACCAGGAGCUGGCGGAGGCCCGACGACUGGGGCACUCGGCGGACGUACAUCGCAUCGCACGGCUCCUCGCGGGCAAGGCGAUGGGCGUGAAGAACCGCAUAUACUGCCAUCUCCCUAGCUACAUGCCCUCCCUCACCGAGCCUCCUUCCCACUACACCAACGCCAAGUCCCACGUCAUGGACAUCCCCAUCCACUGCCUUCGGGCCAACCAACUCCCGACCAAAUUCAGCAUCACCGAAGGCAUCCCCCUCGACAAACGCAACCUGAAGAAGCAGAUGUCCAGCCAACGAAUCAUUCACCUCUCAGACGCGAUCUGGAAGAGUUUCUACGCUGUUCCCUACGGCUGGGGGAUCGCAACUCGCUACACCGUGGCAGAUAGUAACAAGUUGGGGAUCUCGAAUCGCGCGCACUCCAUGACCGCGGGGCGGUGCCAGCUGGGAAAGUUCUGGAACGAGAGGGGGCUCUGGAAGCUCAAGCGUGAAAUCUUCCUGGGCAAAGUGGUCGAGCCUGGGACCUCGGGUCUGGGGGGCUUCGUCCUGAAGAAAAUCGAGGAGAAGAAGCGGGGCGCCCAAACCGCGAAGUAUCUUCGUGCCUUGAUGCAGGGCCGCGCCAAGACGACCAACGUGGACUCGCACAUGACUGCGAUGAGUAACGCUUGGAAGAUCCUUCCAGUGAGAGCAGAGCUAGUCGGCAGCGGCGACGCCGAGAUGCCCUUCGAGCGCAACCAGCGCCAGAGAAAGGACGGGGACGACGAGGAAAACAUGAAGAAGACGUACCAGGCGGCGAAACAACAGCUCCCCACCCAUACCAAGAAGCCGAUGACGCUCAUCGUGAAACAACUACUCCGCUGUGCUCAGCAGAACCGCGACAUGAGCAGCGCCAUCUUCGACACAUGGGUCUUCAAGAGCGAAAGCCCGCUCAUCCUUCGCAUUCAGGAGCAGACAGCCGCCCGCGGCAAGGUCACCAAGGAGAAGGGAAAAGAUCACGACCUCGGACCUCCACAGAUCUACGCGAUGGGAGGCCUACUUGCAGCGGUGAAGGAGCUUCAACUAGAGGACCCGCCCAAGACACAGGUCACGAAAAUGUUCGCGGACUACGACAACUACGACAACGAGCAGAAGUCCGAGCUGGUGCUCUUCUGCGACGUCGACCGCAUGUACGAGAAGGAGAAGAAGAGGCUGACGCUCGCGGUCCGCGAGCCACAAUUUCGGGGGCACUUGAUGCAGGCGUCGAAAACGACCUCAGCCAAGCGGAAAUACGGCAGGGCACCAGCGAAGCACAUGGAACGGGAGCUUCAGGAAUGGGUGGGACAGCUCUUGAUGCGAUUGCCGAGGACACGAGAAUGGGUGGCACAGCUCACAGUGGGAUUACCGAUGACAGCAGAAUGGGUGGGACAGCUCAUGGCGGGAUUACCUAUGAAAAGGCUUGGGGUGGGGACGAGGCCGCAGCAAUGA